AUGGCCUGGCGUUUCCAGGGGAAAGUUCAGCUUGGGGGCCUGCUCCUCUCCCUCCUUGGAUGGGUUUGCUCAUGUGUCACUACAGCCCUGCCCCAGUGGAAGACUCAAAGUCUGGAACUGAAUGAAAUGGAGACCCAGAUGAUGGGGCUCUGGGAGGUCUGCGUGAAUCAAGAGGAAGUUGCCUUUGUGUGCAAGGCCUUUGACUCCUUCUUGUCUCUGCCCCAGGAACUCCAGGUAUCCCGGAUCCUCAUGGUCACCUCCAAUGGGCUGGGGCUGUUGGGGCUUUUACUCUCUGGCCUUGGGUCCGAAUGCUUCCAGCUUCACAAGAUCAGAGGAGUAUUCAAGAAUUGGUUUUGCCUGCUGGGAGGGAUUUUGGAGGCAUCAGCUUCAGUCACCACCCUCUUUCCAGUUUCUUGGGUGGCCCACAUCACAAUUCGAGACUUCAUGGAUGACAGCAUCCCUGAGAUUGUGCCUCGGUGGGAGUUUGGUGAUGCUCUCUACCUGGGCUGGGCUGCUGGGAUUUUCCUGGCCCUUGGUGGACUAUUCCUCAUCUUCUCUGCCAGUUUGGGGAAGAUUGUGUCCUCUCUCUGGAUGGCAAGUCCCAGUGUGUCACCAUCCAGCGAUGCAGUCGAUGACUCAGCGGUCUCCUUCCACCUAAAACCAGGACCUAGGACCUUGAUGAUCUAA